CCACAACUUGUUUCAGUUCUCGGAUCUUCGGAACGAGUUCGGCGGCAAUCAGUAAAUAACGAGGCUUUAGCGGGAGAAGAGAUCGCAAGAAGAAGAAGAGGAAGAAGAUCGCGACCGAAAUCCGCAUCGCCCUCCACUCCGCGACAGCAGCUCAAGUUCAGAAGAUGUACUUCUUACGCUUUUGCCAACGGCAACCGGCGUCGGGUGGUGGUGCCUACGCAAAGUUCUACGAAGGAGCCGCACGCGCGCGCGCGCUAAACAAGGUGUUUAACAACAAUAAUACGAGUGACUAGAGUGUGUUUCUCUGUGUGUGCGCAUGUGUGUUUGUAGGAUAGUGGUGUAAUGAGCGACGACAACUUCGACAACCAAGGCUCUCGAGCGCUAGCUGGAUACUGCUUAGUGUUGCCUUCGACGAUGCCGACGCGUACGACAAGCAGCGCCACCGGACAAGCGCCACUUUGACACUUUGCCAUUGUCGUCGUGCGCAAGGCACAAUUGGCAAGGUUAAGGGCAAGCAAGUGGCUGGGUGGUGUGUGGUGGCCUGUGUGGUGGGUCCAAAGGGGUGACCUCCAAGAGAGCAGCAGCAAAGUGUCGUGUGCCUGGCGUAUGUGUACCAACCUGUGUGCUAAUAAUGAGCCGAGAAAGGUGUCAUUAGAGGGUGCAUAUCUCUUGGAAGCGAGGCGAGCGAGAGUCAGUGUCAGUGGAUGCCAAGAGAGAGAGAGAGAGAAAGAGAAGUUCCAAGAACCCGUUUCAUGUUCUUGGAGCACCGGAUGAAGGAUAAUACUAAUCAUUAGCAUCACACUCGAGUGUCACAAAGUGUCAACUAAUCGAUAAACGGGAGCCCGACCGACUGUCAUUAGCUUCUUCUGCAAGUGCAUACCCCACAGGGGUUGGGGUGCCGGUGGGGGUGGUGUCAUCAUUAGCAGUUCAUCAUGACAUCCAUCCGCUUUAUUAGCUCUUGCAUCCGCUCCAUUGACACCGCUUAACGUGUGUUUGUGUGCGUGUUGGUGUGCGAUUGCUGUCAUGUUUAUUCUGUAUGCGAAGGAUUGCGCAGAUGUUUGAUUAAUCUCGGUACAGAAGUUGACGGGUUUUGUCGUACGGAACGGUCGCCCUGCCUGGUGCUCGGAGGAUAAUAAUGGUAACGACGAUAAAAAUUACGGGCGAUGGUGUGUUCAUCCAGUCGAACGGUAGCAGUGGACCGGGUGGAACCGCCGGUGCAAGAGGUAGACUGCAAGCAGCAAAUGGCAAUGGCGUCCCGGGGAGUACAGCGAUCGGAGAUGCAGCACUUCCGAAUGGUGCCCGAAAUGGACGGCAUCAGAAUGGUGGUUCGCACGAUGUGGUAGACAGUGGUAGUGGUGGUGCCGCUGUUGGUCGUCGUGGUAGUGGAACCCUGGCGGUGACACCACGUUCUACACCGGAACCCAUGGCCGGUGAUACGAACAACAAUCAUAAGGGUUACCGGAACUUUAAUCACUUUCAUCGUCGCUACCAGUCGGACGAGGGCCCCGGAUUCAUCGGUGAGACCGAGCUGCACAAGAACGGCGGAAGUGCCGAAGGGCCCGGUCUCGAGGAAAGUCCCACGAUGGUGGCGGCCACUAGUGGCAGUGGUGAAAGUGACGACGCUUCCGGUGCUGACUCCAACCGGAAGCGGGACAAGUUCACGAUUUCCUUUCUCAACACGCACCGCUCGCAGAACUUGCCGCUUGCCGGCAGUCAUGGCAAGAGCAUGCUGAACCACAAGUUCAUCGUGUACAAUAGCAAAAAACCAAAGACGUCGACGAUGCUACAUCAGCAGUACUAUCGGGAGAAUGGGGGCGGUGGUGGCUCACCGUUACCGUCACCACCUUACCAGAGCCACUACCAGCAGUAUCUGUACAAUCGGUUACGCCCUUCGCUCUCGACCUCGGUGCUGACUUCGCCUUCGCUGAUCAACGGCACGGCAGGUGCGGGCAGCAGUAGUAGUACCACCGGUAAUGGUGGCGGUGUUCCACCCGGACUCCACCAGCCCGGUGUGCUGAGUCGGAUCGAGCAACGGGAACGUGAACAGCAGCAACUCUACCAGAACGGUCUGUUCCACCAGCAACACCGUGCCCUGCUCGGUACCCCGCCAGCAGCCGUGCCCGGAUGGGCCAAGUCUACCUCUUGUCUGGUGACGAGCAGCAGCAACAGCAGCACUACCGCGGCCAUCACGGCAUACCGGGCCAGUCCACUGCUGACUCAGUUGUCUCCGCAGGCCUCACAGCCUUCGCUAUCGCGCAAUAAUCCCAUGGGUGAGGUGGUGGGUCCCUCACCGAUGUCAUCGAUUUCAUCCGCUUCCUCAUCGUUCUCGUCAUCGUCGAACUCGCUGCCGUCGAGCUCACCGCCCGGUUCGGGGCCCGGUUCUUCGUCCAACUCACCGCCACCACCGGAGGAGGUGGCACCGGUAGCAUCGCCCACGGUGGUGUCACCUCCACCGUCAACAUCCGCCACCACCGCGUCACCAGCGACGUCACCGACAACA